AUGGUUCGAGCUGGAUUGAUCAUUUAUGAUAAUAUCUCUGCUCUAUUUGCAUCAUUGCCUACUUGUCAUAUGAUGGCUGGAGCUGGAUCUUCCGUCGGAAGUGGAGAUUCGGGCAUCAACUCCGGAUGGACAUCCCUCCUAGGAAGUGGGAAUGGGAACAGCUCUAGCGGCAGUUCCGAGGACAUUCUCGAUCAGCCACCCCAUGCUAAUGCUGAGAGCAGGUCAGCACCACCCCAGCAUCAAACUGGAGAACCCUCUCAUCGGUGUCCAUAUCAACCCGAUGAAGUGAUCGGAGGAGACUCCAUCGAUUCAAUACAGCAACGGCUUUUAAGCCGUUAUCGAUCGCCUUCGGCGGACGUCAUAGACAUAGAAAGGGCCCGAAUCGACGCCGAAGAUCUUUUUGAGGUCAAGGCGGAAAUAAUUCAAACAAUGACACCCCUUCAUCCAGAAGGGGAUUGGCUUCGACGCGGGGCUCGCGCACUAGAUAACAACCGGACUACCACGGGGGAGGAGUCCCUUGCUAAAUUAUAUGCUAUGUUAGAAGACCUAAAGGCAAAUGGUAUAAAAUCGAUAUCAUUUCAUAAUUUGAAGAGUAAAGUCUUCUUAAGAAUCGAUGAUAUCGAUUCAAAUUCCGAAAUUCACUAA